AGAGGGGCAGGCCGGAUGGUUGUGGUCGUGCGCUGUGAGGGCAUCAACAUUUCUGGCAAUUUCUACAGAAAUAAGUUGAAAUACCUGGAUUUUCUCCGCAAGCGGAUGAACACCAACCCCUCCCCUGGCCCCUACCACUUCCGAGCCCCCAGCCGCAUCUUCUGGCGGACAGUGCGAGGCAUGCUGCCCCACAAGACCAAGCGGGGCCAAGCUGCUCUGGAGCGCCUCAAGGUGUUUGAUGGGAUCCCACCACCCUAUGACAAGAAAAAGCGAAUGGUGGUUCCUGCUGCCCUCAAGGUUGUGCGUCUGAAGCCUACUCGCAAGUUUGCCUACUUAGGGUGCCUGGCUCAUGAGGUUGGCUGGAAGUACCAGGCAGUAACAGCCACCCUGGAGGAGAAGAGAAAGGAGAAGGCCAAGAUCCACUACCGGAAAAAGCAGCAGCUCAUGAGGCUAUGGAAGCAGGCUGAAAAGAACAUCGAGAAGAAAAUUGGCAAAUUCACAGAGGUCCUCAAGACUCACGGAUUCCUAGUCUGAGCCAAAUAAAAUUGACUGUUUAUUCUUCA